GCAGCUUUACAUAAGACUGCAUUCACUGAAACCAAAGCAACAGUCGGACGGAGCUUUCAGAAUGACAGUACGCAGAAGUGAGCAGAGCUUGUUCGUUGUACGGGCUUAUUCUACCUUCUAUGCUACAAAGCAGCUUCCUAGCCGGAUCGGGUACUAAGUAAGGGAACUGCUGUGCUAUGGAAUACAGAUGUGUGAAUUCAGAUAGCUAAAUGGUGCUUGGAGGAAUCUAAAAUGCUUUCUUAUAAAGAGAAAUUUUAAGAGCCAGGUUCCUAACUAUAAAGAUGCAAAAACGUAACAUCCAUGAAGAGCCUAUUACCUAGGAAGAAUUUGACAUUUUGCUGCGAAUGCUGUGUUGGGAUUGAUUUAUUCUUGGAGUGUUCUGCAUGGCUGGCAAAGAAUAAUGUUCCAAAAUCGGUCCAUCUCCCAAGGGGUCCAAUUUUUCUUCCUGGGUGUCAGCGAGCCCUGACUCACUACAGUGCAGCUGACAGGGGCUGCCAUGCUUGUGGCACACUAAGCAAAAAACAAAAGACCUAAGGACGACCUUUGAACAACACAAAGGAUGGGUUUCAAUGUAAUUAGGCUACUGAGCGGAUCAGCUGUAGCUCUGGUAAUAGCCCCUACUGUAUUACUGACAAUGCUUUCUUCUGCUGAACGAGGAUGCCCUAAGGGCUGUAGGUGUGAAGGCAAAAUGGUAUAUUGUGAAUCUCAGAAAUUGCAGGAGAUUCCCUCAAGUAUAUCUGCUGGUUGUUUAGGUUUGUCCCUUCGAUAUAACAGCCUCCAAAAACUAAAAUACAAUCAAUUUAAAGGUCUUAAUCAACUCACCUGGCUCUAUUUAGACCAUAACCACAUCAGCAAUAUUGAUGAAAAUGCUUUCAAUGGAAUACGCAGACUAAAAGAGUUGAUCUUGAGUUCCAACAGAAUCUCCUAUUUUCUUAAUAAUACCUUCAGACCUGUGACAAAUCUCCGGAAUUUGGAUCUCUCAUACAAUCAGCUGCAGUCUCUGGGAUCUGAACAGUUCAGGGGCUUAAGGAAGCUGCUGAGUUUACAUUUGCGGUCCAAUUCCCUAAGAACCAUCCCUGUUCGAAUAUUUCAAGAUUGUAGAAACCUUGAACUGUUGGACCUGGGUUAUAAUCGCAUCCGAAGUUUAGCAAGAAAUGUCUUUGCAGGCAUGAUCAGACUGAAAGAGCUUCAUCUGGAGCACAAUCAAUUUUCUAAGCUCAACCUGGCACUUUUUCCAAGGCUAGUCAGCCUUCAAAACCUUUAUUUACAGUGGAAUAAAAUCAGUGUGAUAGGACAAACUAUGUCCUGGACCUGGAGCUCAUUACAAAGGCUUGAUUUAUCUGGCAAUGAAAUAGAAGCUUUCAGUGGACCUAGUGUUUUUCAGUGUGUGCCCAAUUUACAGCGCCUCAACCUGGAUUCAAACAAGCUCACAUUUAUUGGUCAAGAAAUUUUGGACUCUUGGAUAUCCCUCAAUGACAUCAGCCUUGCUGGGAAUAUAUGGGAAUGCAGCAGAAACAUUUGCUCUCUGGUAAACUGGCUUAAAAGUUUUAAAGGGCUGAGGGAAAACACAAUAAUUUGUGCCAGCCCAAAAGAGCUGCAGGGGGUGAAUGUUGUUGAUGCAGUGAAAAACUACAGCAUCUGUGGCAAAAGUACCACGGAAAGGUUUGAAUUAGCACGAGCUCUCCCAAAGCCAACGUUUAAACCAAAACUUACCAGGCCUAAACACGACAGCAAGCCCCCUGUGCCCCCAACUAUUGGAGCCACUGAAUCAAGCUCUGAACCUGAGCACGACACAGAACACAUCUCCUUCCAUAAAAUCAUAGCAGGGAGCGUGGCCCUUUUCUUGUCUGUGCUUGUGAUCCUGCUGGUAAUCUAUGUGUCAUGGAAGCGUUACCCAGCCAGUAUGAAGCAGCUGCAGCAGCGCUCUCUCAUGCGAAGGCACAGGAAAAAGAAAAGACAGUCACUGAAGCAAAUGACUCCAAGCACACAGGAAUUUUAUGUAGAUUACAAACCUACCAACACUGAGACCAGUGAGAUGCUGCUGAAUGGAGCAGGACCCUGCACGUAUAACAAAUCAGGCUCCAGGGAAUGCGAGAUACCACUGGCUAUGAAUGUCUCAACAUUUCUUGCCUAUGAUCAGCCCACGAUAAGUUACUGUGGAGUACAUCAUGAACUGCUUGCUCACAAGGCCUACAACACCCAAGAAGAAGCAGUGGAAACACACCUAGAAACUGAUCUGGAUCUGAGCACAAUAACAACAGCAGCACGAAUCAAGGAACACAGUCAGCAGCUGGCUUAACUGAUGGGGGGUUGGUAGUAGUGGUGAUUUUUAUUUUCCCUGUAGCAGAAGCUGCAACCAAAUUCUAUGUAACAUUAAUGACAGAAGUGAGAAGACAUAAUAAUAUGGAUUCCAGGAUCCCUCUUUAAUUUUUAAAAGAUCCACAAAGAUUAAUUGUUUCAAGUCUACAAUUUGUAAUUAGUUAAGUUGUGCAGUAUUUUUUGACUUCAAAGUAUGAUCCUUGAAAUGAAUCUUUUUUCAAAACUCAUCCUACCUGCCUGUAUAAACUGUACAGAUGUAAUGUAUUUUUCAUAUUGUAAAGUUUCAAUUACCAAGAACAGCUGGUAUGUACAGUACCAUAAUUUAAUUACAUCUUAAAAGCCUCAGUUUCUAAAGUUUUAAAUUAACAGAAGUUAUUUCUUGUGUUGCUCAGUUACUCUGUUUUGUAGGGAUCAUUUUAUUACUGCUUUUGUGCCCAGAAAACUAUAACACAAAAUUCUGUCCUUUGCAGAAUAUGCACCAUUUUUACCAUGUUUAAAAUGUAGAAUUUUAUCUACUUGUUCCUGAAGUAAUGUAUUAACCAAAAGGAUGGUUUAACUAUUCAGACUUCAAAGAAAUUCUUGAAAUACAUAGCCAAUUUUUUCUUAUAAAUGAAAAUCAACAAAAAUUUCAGUUCUCCUCUGACUUCCCUGACAUACAUACAGACUGAUUUUUAAGAUCAGAAAAAUGCAAUGAUGAACAGGUCUAUUUUGAGAACAGAGUUUACAUAUGCAACUGUUAAUCAUCCCCGAUGAAGUUUUGCAAAGUCUCACUGUUCUGCAAGACAAAAUGAAAAGGAAGCUUCAACAGGCAGCUGUCUUUGCAAAAUUUGUUCUGAAAGCAUGACCUGUCAAAUCAGGCAUCGGUAUUUAAAGAUACAAGGGCCAAAACCUGCUUCUAUCAAAGACAGUUGCUUACGUAUGCGGUAAAGAAACAAGCCCUCAAAGUUGGUAUUAUACCAGUUCUGCAAUGUAAAAUAUGAAUCAAAAUCAAGAAGCCUCUACUUUGAUAAAAAUAUAUUUGGACCAAAUAAAGGUUUAACAGUCUUUUAACAUGUUGCAUAAAAGGAAGAAAAAAAUCUUCAAAUACAACAAAUGCAGUAUUAAGUCUUCACAAUUACUACAUUGCUUAUCUACCAUUUAAUAUUGAAGCAUUCUUAUAUCCCAUUGUUUUGUUUUGAAUCUUCAAGCCUUCUCAAAGCUGUAUGAGAAUAACUUUUAUAACACAACCCUCAAGAUGUAAUCAUAAAAGAUUACAGAAAUUAGAUACAUAUUAUAUCAUGCUGACUGGGUGAAAUAUAAGAGGGAACAGGAGCCUUCCAAAAUACAAGAGAAAAGUUUCAUAUGGUGAAACAACUUUUUUUUUUACAUAUAACAAAGAGGAAUUAUAUAACCACAAUAUAUUUUUCUGAAUGCUUAUCCCACCAUAUUUUCAUGUAGCUUCAAAGCAGAAGAUUGAAUUUUAAAAUUACAAUUCAACUCUUUUCACAAAAUAUAAAGCAACUAUAAUGAAAAAUAGCUUGAAAAUACUGUUAACAAAUUAAUCUGCAUUCACUAUCUUUGAAGUGUCAAAAUUGUAUUGGUUAUUUAUUUAGCAUUUUAGAUUUUGUAACAUAUUUUGCAUAAAUUAUUUGCUAUUCAAACAUUACUUGUCUUUCAAAGGCUCAUCUUAAAAAUCAACAUAUCAGUUUCUUAUCUUUGUUAUGUGCAUUCUUUCAUCGUCUUCAGUGCUGUAAUUUCACUACGCACAGUUUGAAAAUGCUUUGCUAAUUAUAAAAUGGAAGCAAAAAUGCAGGCAUCAUUCUGGAGCUGAGUGACAUUUGUACUCCAGGAAGAAGUGGACUGCUUUAUCUCAAAGUUAUUUUAAGUUUUAAUGCUCAGCCAUUCUGGUCAAAGCUGGUCUGAGUUGUUAGGCUCCAAUGCCAUCUUCUAAAAGAUUAUUUUAGUUAAUCUUACUCUAUCCUUAUUCUUUACUUUGACCCACUGCCCUCUAAUACUUAUGGAGUGUGAAUUUGGUUCUAGCAUUGAUGUAAUUACUCAAAAUACACAGAUGUUUAAAGGCUCCAAGUACUUCUAGUUUAUGGAGAACUGAACAAUAGGAAUAUUUUCUAUUAUUAGACAUUCUAAUGAACUUAGGGCCAUGAGUUUCCUUAUGCUAAGACAAAUUAUUUUUGACAAAUCCAGUUGAACAAACACAACUGUGUACACACAAACACCUUCAUGUAACACAAAUGUUUCUCCCUUUGCUACUUUCUCUCAAUAAUGAGGCACAUAUUAACCACUGGUCUUAUAUCCCUCCUGAAAGACUUGCGUUAAAUCAAGGUAUUAAUAGAAAAUGGAAAAAAAACAGGGUGACAUAAGUAACAAAUGCAUUAUCUCAAUCAAUUCCUUGGGCAUUUGUAGAGUUUGGCUCUCUGUAACCCAGUUAGGCCUCUCUUUGAUCUCAAGUUUCCUUCCAGUGCUCUGACAGACAGACAGCACCCCUGGGCACAAAGAAGCAGUGGAAUACAUACCGACACCAAAUGUAGAGUGUUUCUAUACUUAUAACUGAAUACUGUUUUUAAUGGACUACAUCAUCCUGAAACUUGCUAUUCUCAGCAGGAUGGAUGUCUACAAUGACAUUAAAUGUCAGGUAAGUAUCUUCCUCAAAUAAAGAUACUAAAAAAAUUUUAGGUAAAGCUAACCCAGACAGAAGACUUACUGUUUAGAUCCUACUUUAGGUGUAUGAGCAUUGGCUUUCCAAUGAAAGAAGAUUACUGUUGGCUACAUACUGACUUGGACCACACGGAAACAGUGAAUGGAACAAAAACAUACCAUAUAGAAAGCCCUAGUGCCAUAAUACAGCAAGAAGAAAGCAGGCUGAGCCUGUGGAUUCAAAUACUUAUUUACAGGUUGGUUUCAUAUAGCAUUUCCCUUUGCAAUUAGAUGCAUAAAAUAGAAAAAGAUAUAGCUAGCAAUACCAAUUGCAGUCUCAGUGAAGUGAUACUAUGAUAAACUAUUUUAUCAAGAAAGAGCUGGGCAAAUUUAUUAUGCUUAAAAUAUACAAACUGAUGAAUAGCGUAGCCUCUAUCAAUGAACAACCAGCCAAUUUUAAACAUAAAUCAACAAGUAACAAUUCACACCAUCCAUC